AUGGAUGGUCCAGAUCAGAUCGGGCCGGAUCACAGGCCUCGGCGCUCCUUCAAAGACAACCUAAAUCGUGCCGUAAAGAAGUUCACUACACGGGAGGGCCUCGUCGGUGACUACGACUACGCAUAUCUGUUUAUUCCCCGCCUGCCGUUCACCAAGCGCCCCCGCAAAUCCGCCCCAUUCUUUGGUCUCGAAGACAGCGUCCCUGUUUGCCUUGCACUGAUCCUGGGUCUGCAACAUGCCCUCGCCAUGUUGGCCGGUGUCAUCUCACCACCUAUUAUCCUCUCCGGUACAUUGGGUGCCAACUUCGGCAGUGAAUACUCUCAGUAUCUGGUCUCCACUUCCUUGGUGGUUUGUGGCAUUUUGAGUGCCGUGCAAAUGUGUCGGUUCCAUGUGCGAGGAACAAAGUACUUCAUUGGAACUGGCUUGCUAUCCGUGGUUGGGACUUCCUUCUCGACAAUUACUGUCGCCGAGGGAGCCUUCAGUCAGAUGUACAAGUCGGGCUAUUGUCCUACUGCGGCCGAUGGGACCAAGUUGCCAUGUCCGGAUGGAUAUGGUGCCUUGCUCGGUCCUGGCGCGCGUCUUCCCCUCCGCUUGUUACUGGUCCUGACUGUUCUGUUGAUCGGUGCUUCGCUCAUCAAGUCCGCCAUGCAGGACUGGGGCGGUGGUUCAUCUUGUUAUCCUAGCGGAUCGACCAGGCCGAUGUGUCCCAGUGCGGAUGCGCCUCACGCUCUGCCCUGGGGAAGCCCCGAGUUCAUUGGUCUCGGUUUCCUCGUGUUCGUAACGAUCAUUUUGUGUGAGCGCUUCGGCCCUCCUAUCCUGAAGAGUUGCGCCGUCGUGGUCGGCUUGCUGGUCGGAUCUGUUGUUGCGGCUGCCUGCAACUACUUCGAGAGGUCUGGCAUUGACGUUGCUCCGGUGGCAUCUUUUGCCUGGGUCCAUACUUUCAAAUUGAGCAUUUACCCACCUCUGAUUCUUCCACUACUAGCGCUCUACGUUGUCAUUAUGAUGGAGUCGAUCGGUGAUAUCACUGCAACCUGCGAUGUCUCCCGCCUCCAGGUCGAGGGUGGUACCUUCGACUCCCGCAUCCAGGGUGGUGUUCUUGGUAACGGACUCACCUGCCUCAUUGCCGGCUUGAUGACCAUCAGUCCCAUGUCUGUCUUCGCACAGAAUAACGGUGUCAUCGCUUUGACCAAGUGCGCUAACCGUACAGCCGGUUACUGCUGCUGCUUCUUCUUGAUUGUCAUGGGCAUUUUCUCCAAAUUUGCCGCUGCACUGGUCUCCAUCCCCAGCGCCGUCCUCGGAGGCAUGACUAGUUUCUUAUUCAGUAGUGUUGCUGUCUCUGGUAUUCGCAUCAUCGCGACCAUCGACUUCAACCGCCGCAACCGCUUCAUUAUUACCGCCAGCUUCGCCCUGGGAAUGGGUAUCACCCUCGUCCCCGAUUGGUGGUUCUAUGUCUUCACUUACAGUGGAGAUAACCACUCUUUGGAAGGUCUACUCAAUGCCGUCGACCUUGUCAUGGAGAAUGGUUUCGCCGUGACUGCCAUUGCUGGCGUCAUCUUGAACUUGAUUAUACCCGAGGAAGACGAUGAUAUUAGUCCCGUCCUCAAUGCUAGCGAGUCCGAUGAGUUGGAACCUACACCUGCUCCAGAGCCUGUCAAGGCCUGA